GGUGACAGACCAGCCGCAGUGACGUCACCGCCUGCCUGGAAUAAAGGUUCUGCAGUAAAAAUUAUCUGCACCGGCGUGCGCCAGGGCAUGCUCCAGCAAAACUCCCAAAUACUGCAUUACACUGGACGGGAUUUACUCCAGUACUGCGGCGGCUUUUCUAUCAUUUUCUACCCAUUUAUUAUUUUCUAGAGAGCGUUUUUUGUCUUUUUUUAUCUUGUCGUAUGCUUAUCUUAGCCUCGAAUAUAUUUUUCUUUUCAUCUUUUCUAUCACCUCGUUUCUUAUGUUCUGUCGCUUUACCUGCAAAAAACAAAAAUCAUAAUAAUUUAUCCCUAAAGAAUACAACUCGACCAAGCUAAAAAAAAUAAAUAAAUACAAUGUCUGCUCCUGUCCCAGCAGCUGCCCCCGGACCCCCCGGGGCCCCUGGGGCUUCUGGGGCUCCUGGAGCCCCUGAGCCCCCCCCCAACACAUCCAGCAACAGGAGGCUACAGCAGACACAGGCACAGGUGGAAGAGGUAGUGGACAUCAUGCGGGUGAACGUGGACAAGGUCCUGCAGCGGGACCAAAAGCUGUCUGAGCUGGACGACCGUGCGGAUGCACUGCAGGCCGGAGCCUCGCAGUUCGAGAGCAGUGCCGCCAAACUCAAGAACAAGUACUGGUGGAAAAACUGCAAGAUGAUGAUCAUGAUGGGAGUCAUUGGUGCAAUCAUUGUAGGCAUAAUAAUAAUUUAUUUCUUCACUUGAAACUUCUGUGAGAACGAGCGACAGACAGACAGCCAGAGAGACAGAAAUCUUUCUUCGUACCACAUGGAGCCUGCAAACGUUUUGUAACCAACUCAGAAAAAAAGCUCUGAUGCAAUUUUCCUUCUGUUGAAAUGAUCAUCUGUUCCUUUUGUACCGUGUGUUAGGUUUUUAGAUCGCAUGCAUGAUCUUAGACUUUACUGCAAAUAGAUGUAUAUUUCUAAACAUGAAUACGUCCCCAGACUAGUACAGGGACAGAUGAGUACAUGCACAAUUAACAGGAUGGGGACAUUAAUUAGUUUCCCCCUUCUGUUUUACCCUGCUACUCAGAACGCUUGCUUGUUUCCUUGCUUUCUCUCUUUCUAGUCUAGUGAUCCCUUUCUUUUCUUUCUUUCUUUCUUUCUUUUU